AUGCUGGAUCCUGUGUGCAUUGCGGUGACAAGCUUCACCAGCAGGUUUGUGCGGGCUUCCUGCGUCGCACCUAGUGGCCUGCUGAGGGUACCACGGCUGAUCAUCGACUACGGCGUUUUCGUGCCUCCUUCUGUGGAACUUGAUCCCCUGCGGGUAGUCGAAUGUCUGCCAUGUAUCGAGAGGGGUGAGGUUGUUGAAAUCGAGCUCUAUGCUGCCUGUGGUGGGGCCGAUGAGGACAACGACCCGGAAUUGGACAGACAGAGGCAGAACCACUACAACGUGUGUGUCGGCUGGCUCCUGGGCAACUUUGGGAAGCUGCGAAGGCUCAUGAUCGGCGGCGGUGGCGACCGAAGGCUGUGGGUGCCGAUCAUACGGCACGUGGCACGGCAAAGCCCUGCACUGGUGAGUUUAGAGCUGCAGGCUUGGCCCUCGCCCAAUCAGCAGACCUGGCCGGAGGAAACAGUUAAGGUGCUGCCCUCUCUGAAGCUGCUACGGAGGCUGCAUAUUGCCCUGAACAGUACAGCGGAUCCAGCCGGCACUUCGAUCUUGGACACGCUGGCGAAGUGUGCGGGAUGCCUCCCAGCCUUGAGAAGCCUCAGCUUCGACGUUCACGCGCAGAAGCCCGUGCAAGAAGCCUUCAGGGCUUCUCUGCAGCGGUGCAUGAACUCAUUCCCGCUUCGGCACCUGUCCCUCCAGGCCGUUUCCUCAUCAGCAUCCGAAGUGCUCUCUGGCAUAGUGCCGCACAUGACCUGGCCGUCGAACUGCUGCAUGCUCUCCCUGCACCACCUGUCCAACAGUUCUUCCCUGUCUGCGCUGGCCAAGCAAGUUGCCCGGGAUGCCAUCACGGGCUUGACUCUCUGUAUCCUUCACUCGGAGAACGUGACGAGCGCGCAGAUGCUGAACUUUCUGGCAGGCCUCAAAGGAUCGCAACUGAAGUCGCUGGCGUUGGACUUCCAGCUCGCACCGAUGCUUGAGGAGGGGGAUGCUCUGCUGGCCGAUCGCUUCACUCAGAGCCUGCUCGCACUGCUCGGCAACCAAUCGCUGAGACAUCUCACCCUGGGCACAGCAGCUUGCACCGAGUGCAGCCUGGACACCUUGAAGCAGUCCGCUGUGCAGCACAAAGCAGUCGGUACGCCUUGGCCUCAGCCACCUGCGAACAGCAGUAGCAAAUGGUUCACCGAACAGCUGGCCAAGUUCCAGGCUCUCUUGGACCACCUCUACAGCACCGAAGCCAAUUUAGGCGGCAUCAGGUUGUGCCAGAACUUCGGCGUCGCCUGCAAGUACACAAGAGUGCCUGCAAAAGAGAAGUGGCUGGAGCAGCAUGGGGCCCUCAAGGUGAGCAUGAAAAUUUGGGCAGGCGACCCGGGCCAGUACUCUGACAGGGCCAUCAAUCAGCUCACGACAGCACGUGGGAUGACAGCAGAAGAGUGCUAUCCAACCUUCGGUCAGAGAGAAGUCCACAAGAUAAAGUGGACCCAGAUUGCUGUCUCCCUCAACAGACCCUGGGAUGCUGGCUACUUGAAGAUGAUCUGCAAGAGAACAGGACAGGCCACUGGCAGGCUUGGCGCAGACCGAGCCUUGGCUACCGUGAUUCUGCUUGCCGUAGGCAAAGAAGACAGUGUACGUGCAAAACAGGCAAAUGGCAUGACAGCAAUCCAGAAAGGGUGUGUGGGUGUUCUGCAGCACAUGCUUGCAAGUGCCGGCACCCUCUCCUGCUCCCUGCGGCAGCUGGUGCCCGACUCGAGCUGCGAGGUCGCCAGUGAUGGGCGCCAAGAUACAAGGUUCACGUUGCAUGCGCAUGGCAAGCUCAAGAUUGGUGCGAAGACCCCAGAGGACCAAGCCGAUACCAGCUCCGAGGCUACACCGUGCGCCUUCUUUGCCGGCGGUGGCGCAUUGACCAAGUGUGGCAAGAGACGCGCCAGGUUUUAA